AUGGACAUCUGAAAGGAGAGAAUUAUUAUGGAAAGAAAAAAUUGGAGGAAAAAUCAUCCUCACGGCUUCAUUGCUAGACCUGUCAAGGAUAAAAAUGGAGAUAUGGAUAUCUUUCGAUGGAAAUGAAUCAUCCCUGGAGUAAAGGAAACUAUAUGGGAAGGCGGCCAUCUGUUACUUUAUGUCGAAUUUCCAGAAGAAUUUCCUAAUAAACCACCAAAAUGUCAAUUUAGCCCUCCCCUUCCUCACCCAAAUAUCUAUCCAUCAGGAACAGUGUGACUUAGUAUCCUAAGUGAAGAUGAAGACUGGAAGCCUUCUAUAACGAUCCCAACGAUAUUGAAAGGCAUUCAAGAAUUAUUAGACAACCCUAACCUUGAGUCCCCUGCUCAGCUCCAAGCUUUUGAAGACUAUAGAAAAGAUCCAAAGAAAUAUGAAGAGAAUAUUAAAAAGUAUGUUGAAGAGAGUAUCAAGAAAAAUAAAAUAUAA